AACUUAGUUCAGCGGAAGAAUACCUUCAGCUGCUAUAUCCGUCGCCGCAUCCGCGUAUCGCCAUUUUCUCCGCUGCGGUCCUCAAAAUUACAUAUUAGCCACCAGAACCAACGCAUUUUUGGCGAAAUGGCCGUGUAGAGCAGCGAUCAAGCAGCCGCCAACAAACAGUGCAUCCAACCAGUGCACUGAGCCAAUUUUAAUUAAUCAACAUGACGUCCUUUGUGGAAUCCCUCCGAUCUGCUGCAGUCGACAGCAAAAAAGACUCCGGCCCAUACAAAUCGCCUCGUACGCCGUUCGUCACCAACAACAGCCAUUAUGACCAUGAUGAUGACAGACUCACAGUUUGGCCUGGGAGACAUGGAGGCCCUUCUCUGGGGGCCUUCCUUUCCCACGGCUGACCCAACCGGGUUCCUGAACCCCCAGUGUGACCCAGCAGAGGAGCCGAACGGACCAGAGGGCCCUCUGUCCUUCUUCGCGUCAUCGUUGCCCUCUUCAUUUUCCUCCCCCUCCACCUCCUCUUCUGCCUCCCCUCCUGCCUUCUACUCCCCCCCCGCCUCGCCGCCCCACCUGCUGCCCCACGGGGACAAGGCCGGUCUUGGGCCGGACGUCCUCUCCCUCCCCUGGUUAGCCCCGUCCCCAAGUCUGGGCCGCGUUGGAACGGAGGUGGCCAGUGGCAAAGGCGAUGCGUUCUGCGACCUUGACUGGAUGACGGAGAGGAUGGACCUGAGCGAGUUCGACCUGGACUCUCUGAUUGGCUCGUGCAGCGCCGAUGACGACGUCCCUAGCUCACCAGAAAGCCUCCUUGCCUCCCUCGACAGUCCGACUGUGCUCGACGCCCUCCCCCAGCCGCCCCCUCCACCUGCCCCCCUCAGCCCCCCUUCCCCCGCUGUGAUCGCCGUGUCUACCCCCACCGACUUUGUGUUGUCACCUUCUUCAGAGCCCGGGUUGGAAGUUGACCUUUGGGAAGCCGCCUCCCCGCUACCAUGCGUCCCCGAACCCCAGGAGGAGCUAGAGAUCAAGUCGGAGCCCGACUCCCCCGCGCCCUCCCCCGCCUACACCCUGGACCUGGGUUCCGAGGUGGACGUGGUGGACUGCGAGGCAAAGCCAGCACUGGUGGCGGUGCCCACCGCCGUCGUGCCCCCGGUCCCCAGGAUCAUCCUCUCCCUCUCCCCCACCCGCAUCGUCGUCCUCUUGACCCCAAAAGACCAAGUUACCACCACCGUGACCAACAUGCCAGCGGUGGACCAGUCCUCCCCGCGGGCCUCCCCCACAUCGUCCCGGUCCUCCCGGAGCAGACCCUACCCCGACCCCAGCCUCCAAUCUCCCAGCACCAGCGGAGCUGGCAAGGUGCGCUCCACCAGGGGAUCGACAGGGGAAGCGGGUGGUGGUGGUAGUAGUAGUAGCAGUAGUAGUUGCAGCAGCAGCAGUAGGUCGUCAAAGGCUCCCAAGGACAAGAAACUGAAGAAGAUGGAGCAGAACAAGACAGCCGCCACGCGCUACCGCCAAAAGAAGCGUGUGGAGCAAGAGUCACUGAGCUCUGUGUACUCAAACCUAGAGAGGAAGAACAUCGAGCUGAACGAGAAGGCUGACUCCAUGGCCCGCGAGAUCCAGUACCUCAAAGAGCUGAUGGAGGAGGUCCGCACGGCCAGGCUCCGGAAGGGUCUCGGUGGCGACCUCUAGUGGGUGGAAAGUGGAAGUGACAGGACUGCAAGAUGAGAUGGGAGGAAGGCGGGUGUAUGUGUUAAGCGCUGGGUGCUAGGUCUCGGGCUGUAGGUUUCAGUAUUUCCACGGAACCAGGGCCUGUAUUGAACUCGACAACGAAACUCUAUAACAAGAUGACUUUCUUUGUCAUAUCUACGUUUUAAAUUCACACAUGUUGAUAUUUGGCCCAUAAGACAAGCAAAUGCAACUAUGCAUCUAAAGCUGAUCUGAAUACUUGCCAUUUCUCUUCAUAGUUUUGAGUAUAGUAUUGUAUACAUAAGUAUGUGUAUAUAUAAGUAUUGGAAAUCAAGACUUUUUAAAUCGAAUGCUAGUAUUGAGUUGUAAAACUCACACCUACUAUGUCUGAGGUACCCACAAUCCAGUUGUUAUCCUGAUGUGUCUCCUUUUUGUUUUCAGUGUAAUUAUAUUUCUUAACUUUGUUUUUAGUAACUUCUGCCUAAAUAUGAAGAGUAGUUGUUAGUGACGCUGUAUUGCCUAUCCAGUAUCUUAUGCAUUUGUUGCUCAUUGUGUGUUUCUCUGGACCUGACUAAUGUGUAAUGAUAUUAAGUUGAAAUUAGAAUAAACAUGUCUAAUGUCUCAAUAAAGAGAUUAUAACCCACUUUGAUUUUGUUUGGUGUCAUAUGUCCAUCAUAAAUGAGCACAAUUAACCGAACAUAAUUUCAGGGCAUAAACAUGCAAGGGUUACAUUCUGUUUUUUCUCUAAGUAAAUUAGUCGCUGAAAAUUGCAACUUUUUCAUGAGUCAUGGUUACCAUGGAUUUAUCACCCUCACCUUUUGCUGAACCUAUUCGAAGACCACAUUUGAUGUAUUUUCAGUUGAAUGUAAUCACUUCACUGUGUUUACAAUUCCAAUGAUUUAUAGCCUCAUGAGCCGGAGGAAAGGCUGAAGUUAUGCAAGUUAUGUCUGAAUACACCCGGUGCUUCGGAAACGAUGGUUACACAAGAUAAGGCAUGAAACUACCUUUGAAGAAUGAAUAGAAUGACCAUUUCCAGGGGAGACAUGAGUUCAGUUGAAUUGCAUUCUAGAUGCUACGAUAAAUGAUUAGGACAAAGCAGCAGUUACUACGUGCGUUUGAACGGUCAAGUAUGCUUUUUUGUUCAACGUUUUGCCAUAGCUUUCAAAGUUCUUCAGUCCACAACCCAACAAGAUGGUAUACAUAUUAUUUAUGUUUGGACGAGAAUGGUCAAUAGCCAAUGUUCAGCAA